AUGCAUCUCCUCCCAGAACCUGCAGUCGCCCAAAUCCUUCGCCAACUCACACAGCCCCAAUGUCUCUCCUUCCUACAGACCCUAGACGAAGCCCUCGUCACGGUCUCAGCUCAAUCCACCACCCCAGAAAAUGAGCGCCUUGUCCACCAACCUCUGCGCACAGCAAUCACCUCCAAGACAGGCGACCUGUCCCUCUUCAUGCCUGUCUCCAAUACCGCCAGCACAGGCGCCAAGAUCGUCACCGUCUCCAAAUCCCACGGCGUCCUAGGCGUCAUCAACAUCUUCUCCCCAAAAGGCGAGCUCCUGGGCCUCCUUAGCGCCGCUGAGGUCACCGCCUUCCGGACAGCGCUCACAAUUAUGUCGCUGUUUGUUCGAGCCUCUUCUCUGAAACGGGAGAAUAUUGUUAUUCUCGGCUCCGGGCGCCAGGCGGAAUGGCAUUCGCGGUUGGCACUCCUCUUACUACCCGGCCAGAUCCGCAGAAUCACUUUCGUCAACCGCGGCCGCAAGCGUCUUGAGGAAUUGGAGCGCGAUGUUAUCACUGACCUGAGGCGCACGUAUCCUGAAGUCACGAUGAGCACGCUAGCGAAGGAAGGGACAGGGGACUACGACGAGCGUCUCCGGUCUGAAUUAAGUCUCAGCGAUGUGAUAUUCAGCUGCACGCCGUCGACGGAGCCGAACUUCCCUUAUGCCUACUUACAGCAGCAGCAGCCCGUCAAGCAGAGAUUCAUCUCGCUUAUUGGCUCGUACAGGCCGCAUAUGCAAGAGAUUGACUCGCAGACGCUGCUUUCGGGCGGCGGGAAGGUUUAUGUUGAUUCGAGGGAGGCUUGUCUUGAGGAGUCUGGGGAGCUCAUUCUUGCGGGAGUGAAAGGGGAGCAGCUUAUUGAGCUUGGGGAGUUGUAUCAGGGUCAGGAGCUGGGUGGGACGAUCAAGGAGCUGAGGCCUGUGGAGGUGUCUGAGGGGUGCAAUGUGGUGAUUAAGGUUGUGGGAAUGGGGAUUAUGGAUUUGGUUACUGGGAAGAAGUUGCUGGAUGUUGGGAAAGAGAGGGGAAUCGGAAUGGAGGUUGAUGGGUUCUAG